AUGACUUUCUUCGGACUGUCAAUCCUCGUUGCCUCGAUAUCCUUCAUCUGCUACAAGCACCCACCGACAACAUGGUCUUUCUUAGCAUGGUUGCGACAACCCCAGGGUAUCCCGCCAUCGAUACAAGAGCCGCUUCCUACAAUUACCAAGACCCAUGACACGGAUAAUGAUACCGAGAAAGGGAAGCCUACAGAGAAAGAGAAGCCUACGGAGAAAGAGACAGCAGAAGCACCUGCCACCCCAAAGAAAGAAGAAGCAGACCGGAUGGCGAUGCCACCACCUCCACCACCAACCAUCAAAUCCCCCUCGUCACCCACAACCCCCCGCGCAAAACCCACCCCAAGCUCUAGCUCCGUACCAUCCUUCACCCUUUCCUCCUCCGAUACCGAAACCAUGCCACCGCCCUCCUUUCCAGCCCUAAACUCAGCGCAACGAGCAUCUGGCGGCAUCCGAGGGCCCCAACCACCACGUCUAAACGCUAUCCCCGCGCAAACAUCAUCCCUCAUGGCUCCUCCUCCCCGUCCCUCACCACUGCCCAACCGUGGAGGACCGCUUCCCAACCGGUCACCAGCUUCAACCACAAGUUCGAGUUCACUAGCCUUACCUCCAACACAUAGCUCGAUCCCAGCUAAGCCCCGCAAAAAGGUACAGCUAACACCAAACCACUCCCCGCUCGACUGGGCGCGUCUCUCGUCUUCCCCACACCAUAAUCUAAACGGCCUACCCCCCAAUACGCCCUACCUCAAAGUUCCCCCCUCCCUGCUGAGACAGUUCACGGGGCGGAAAGGCAAAGAUGCGUGGACUGUGCUAGGGGGAAAGGUGUAUAAUAUCACUCCUUAUUUACCGUAUCAUCCUGGGGGAGAGGGGGAACUGAUGAGGUGUGCGGGUAAGGAUGGGACACGGUUGUUUGGGGAGGUGCAUCCAUGGGUUAAUUGGGAGGGGAUGUUGUCGGGCUGUUUAGUGGGAGUUUCUGUUGAAGAGGCCGAGGUUCAUGCGAGCGGAGGGGGGAUGGAGGAUAUGGAUUAA